GAGAAAUCGCCCUGUUGAGGUUUCGUGGCCGGAGGUUGGGGGCCGAGAGGGACGGAAGAAAGAGAACUGCUUCCAUCUCUGCAUGGAUAUGUGGGGUAGGACCACCCCAGCCAUAAAGCGGAUGGAGCUGGGAUGUAAUCUUUCCUGGCAUUACAUGCAAGGAUCAGUCCAAACACAGGCAUUCAAACAAAAAGAGCUGCCAUAGACCAUGAGUCCAUCCAGCCCAGUAUUGUCAACACUGACUGGCAGUGAAUCCCCAAGAUUUCCAGCAGAAUAUUUUGCAGCCAGUGGUUGAACCCGGAGCCUUCUACAGGCGAGCUCCCGUUGUCCUUUGAGGAGGUGACUGUCGGCUUUUCCAAGGAUCCAAGAAGAGCCUCUAACGCCUAAAUCUGACCUCAUCGCCUGACCUGAACAAAAGGAAGAAUAACUGCUCAUCCAAGAGACAUUGACAGCCAGGGAUGACUGGGGGGGAAACAAAUGAAAGAGCACAUCAAGUGUCAGAGAAAAGCGAUGAGUGGCUAGAUGUCAAAGAGAAUAUUAGGAAUCCAGAAGGGUUGAAGAAGCUGGAGGGAAAUCCAAGAAAUAAAGAGAGGAAUAUAUGUCUGGAUUCUGACCUCCAUGCAAUUACAGUACAACAAAUAACACCCAAAGAAGAGAGAGAGAAGGAAUCCCAUGUGUCUGGAAAAACAACAUUUCAGAAAUCCACUCCGAAUGACCAUUGUACUAUCCACUCUGCAAAGAAAAGAUAUAAAUGCCUGGAGUGUGGAAGGAGUUUCAACCAUAGUACAGUACUUCUCUCACAUCAAAGGACACACACAGGGGAGAAGCCGUUUGACUGCCUGGAGUGUGGGAAAGCAUUUAGUCAGAAAGGGGCACUGAGUAUACAUCAAAGAAUCCAUUCAGGGGAGAAACCAUUUGAAUGCUUGGAGUGUGGAAAGAGAUUCCGCCGAAAGGGUGCCAUUCAAGUGCAUCAAAGAAGGCACACUGGGGAGAAGCCAUUUAAAUGCCUGGAGUGUGGAAAGAGAUUCUACUGCAGUAGUGCCCUUCAAGAGCAUCAGAGAACUCACACCGGGGAGAAGCCACUUAAAUGCCUGGAGUGUGGAAAGAGCUUCAGCUCAAAAAACGGCCUUAUUUUACACCAAAGACUGCAUACCGGGGAGAAACCAUUUGAAUGUUUGCAGUGCGGAAAGAGCUUCAGGUGGAAGGGGACCCUUGCAAUACAUCAGCGAAUUCACACAGACACAGGGGAGAAGCCAUUUGAAUGUUCGCAGUGUGGAAAGAGAUUCUUUUCCAGGCACAGCGUUAAACGUCAUCAGACAAUUCACAGAGCAGACAAUCCAUUUAAAUGUCUGGAGUGUGGCAAGAGCUUCAGCGAUAAGCAUGACCUUGCUAGACAUCGAAGAAUUCACACAGGAGAAAAACCAUUUACCUGUCUGGAGUGUGGAAAAUCAUUUAGUUGGAAAAGAGCACUUACUGUCCACCAAAGAAUACACACAGGGGAGAAACCAUUUGAAUGCUUGGAAUGUGGAAAAAGAUUCUGCCAGAAGGGUGCCCUUCAAGGUCAUCAAAGAAAGCACACCGGGGAGAAGCCAUUUAAAUGCCUGGAUUGCGGAAAAAGCUUCAGUUCUAAGAACGGCCUUAUUUUUCAUCGAAGAAUGCACACAGGGGAGAAACCAUUUGAAUAUUUACAGUGUGGAAACAGCUUCUGCUGGAAGCCGGGGAUGCGUGGGGAAAAAGCAAAAGAAAGGGCACGUCAGGAAUCUGAGGAAAGCAAUAAGGGGCCAUGCGUGGAAGAUAAUAUUGGGAAUCGAGAUGGGAUAAACAAGCUAGAAGUAAAUCCAGGAAAUAAAGAGAGGAAUAUGUGGCUGGAUUCUGACCUCCAUGCGACGAUGGUACAACAAAAAAUACCCAAAGAAGCGAGAGAGGAGAAAUCCCCUGUGUCUGGAAAAACAACGUCUCCUAAAUCAACCCUGGAUGAUCAUUCUAAAACCCACAUAGUAGAGAAACGAUAUAAAUGCCUGGAGUGUGGAAAGAGUUUCAAGCACAGUACAGUACUUCUCUCCCAUCAAAGGACGCACACGGGGGAGAAACCAUUUGACUGUCUGGAGUGUGGAAAAUCGUUUAGCCAGAAGGGAGCACUUAAUAUUCAUCAAAAAAUCCACUCUGAGGAGAAACCAUAUGAAUGCCUGGAGUGUGGAAGGAAAUUCUGCCAGAAGGGUGCCUUUCAAGUGCAUCAAAGAACACAUACUGGGGAGAAGCCGUAUAAAUGCCUGGAGUGUGGAGAGGAGUUCCACUACAGUCGUGCCCUUUUUAUACAUCAGAGAACUCACACCGGGGAGAAGCCGUUUAAAUGCUUAGAGUGUGGAAAGGGAUUCCAUUACAGUAGCGACCUUCAAAAGCAUCAAAUAACUCACACCGGAGAGAAGCCAUUUAAAUGCCUGGAGUGCGGAAAGAGCUUCAGCUCGAAGAAUGGACUUACUUUCCAUCAACGAUUGCACACAGGGGAGGAACCUUUUGAAUGUUUGCAGUGUGGACAGACCUUCAGAUGGAAGGGGACCCUUGCAAUACAUCAGCGAAUGCACACAGACACAAUUGAGAAACCAUUUGAAUGUUUGCAGUGUGGAAAGAGAUUCUUUUCCAAGCACAGCCUUACACGUCAUCAGAUAAUCCACAGAGCAGACAACCCAUUUAAAUGUCAGGAGUGCAGAAAGACUUUCAGCAAUAAGCAUGACCUUGCUAGACAUAGAAGAAUUCACACAGGAGAGAUACCGUUUGAAUGUUUGCAAUGUGGAAAGAAAUUCAGUGAAAGGGAAAGCCUUAUAAAUCAUCAGACAACUCACACAGGAGGGAAGCUGUUGAAAAGCCUGGAUUUUGAAAAGAGCUUUGGUCAAAAUGAUAUACUCACUUCACAUCAAGGAAUUCACAUAGGGGAGAAACCUUUUAAUUCCUUGGACCGUGGAAAGACGUUCCGCCACAGGGCUGCCCUUCAAAGUAUUCACACUGAGACUUCCUUGCAGGAGGAGGAAGACACCCCAGAUCAUCCCUCUCUUACUGUAAUCCUGGGGCAAGAUGAAUGGUCCUGUGAUAGUGAUACCUUGUCUGAGGUUCCCAGCAAAUCAUUCAACCCUGUUGCGAGCCCAGCCGUGAUUCCAGAUUCUCCUCCCACCACCCACAGCUCAACAGAGCACCAGUGGGAGGUUAUCAGGUGGGAUACCCAGAGCCAUGAUGGCAGUGCCUACCUGAUUCCCAGAGUACCCUUUCGUCCAGGAAAUGCUCUUGAGUAGGAACACAGCUCUACGUAUGAGGCAGGCUCCAAUGCACCUGCAGAAUCAGGGUCAGCCAGAAUAAAUACUCCCAGACUUUUCCUGGGAUAAGAGCUCCAGUAGAGCUGUUUGUCUCCAUUUACAGGCUCAAGAGAUGUGAAACCUGUUUCAGUUACUGGAGUAUAAAAUAACAUGAGGCAGAGCGCAUGUCUUACUUUACAUCAAAGAAGCCUCACAGUACAAAUGAUUUAAAUACGCAUGUGUGCUUACAUUAAUAAUUCUCUGUGUCCAUAGACUGCAUCUUUUUAAGACUAUAAUUUUGUCAAACCAUGUGUAAAUUAUGUAAUUGGUUGGAUCCAAUUGGGGCCUUGUGUGACCUGCCUGUUCCAGAAACUAGCAUUUUCGCUUUUCAGGGCUUGCCGAUGACAGCGCUACAUGGGAGUCACACACGGAGUGGGGGACUUGAUGUUGACAGAUUCUACCUUCUUUUCACAACCCCUUGGACCCCACCCCCUAAAUGUUCUCUAGAGUGUUGGGCGAUCCUCUGGCACAGCCUGAGAGGUGACACAGCAGGUUCUCCCGUUAAACAAAUAAUUAAAUACGGUGGUCUGGUUUUCCGAA